CGCUGGUUGGGUUGUCCUUCUUUGGAGCCAUUGGAUUGACAUUCCUCCUGUUGAGCUGUGCACUGGAUCAAUAUGGGUACGUAUUUGCCCCCUACCUCUGAAAUCUGUGAGACACUCUUGGUAAAUGGGACAACAUGUGGAAGUUAGCUAUGUAACUAACUCCAAUGCAAUACCUAUAUUAGUGUCACGUUUUACCCCAAGGUGUUUAACCCUAUUGGAGCAGUGGUUAGUUGUUUUGCGUGUGGGCUGGGUGAUCCGGGUUAAAGACCUGCAAGAGGUGUUACACUGAUGGUGAUUGCUAUAUUAUGUUCUGGAUCUCUGACAAAUAAACAAAAUGAAAAUGAGCACAACUGAUUUGUUUUCACAGGGUGUACUGGCCUCUCUUCGUCCUUUUCUUCUACGUACUCUCUCCUAUCCCCACCUUCAUAUCCAGAAGGCUCAGUGAUGACAGUGAUGUGGCCAGCAACGCAUGCAGAGAGCUGGCAUACUUCUUCACUACGGGAAUUGUGGUAUCUGCGUUUGGGCUUCCUAUCAUACUGGCCCGGGUUGCAU